GCCUUUCUGCUUAACUCUGGGGAGGCAGUGUCAGUGCGUGUUAAACCGAUAGACUGAGUCAGCCAAAGCAUCAGUCAACAAACCACUUGUUUUCAUCAGCUUCUCAAUCAGUUAGAGCAUUUAGUCAGCCAGCUUUCCACAUCAAUGUCUGAAGAAGUCUGCUAUUCCACUGUGAAGUUCUAUAGAAACUACGCUCCUAAAAUAACUGGGAGACAGGAUGAGGUGGUCUAUGCUGAGGUCAAGAGAGCAGGAUCUCAAACAUCACAGACAGCACCCCCUGCUGGUCCAGUAGUUUCUGUGUCCACAGUGAGCGCUGUGCCUAAACAUCCUCCUUGCAGACUGGUUGCAGUGUGUCUGGGGCUGUCGUGCGUGGUCUUACUGACCAUCAUCAUAGCCCUGAGUGUCCACUAUGAAGGAGUUAUUCGGAGCAUCAGUGAAAAAUACAACAGCAUGUCACAGAGUAUUCCUAAGCAGAAGGAUGAACUGGAUGAACUCCGAGUGAACUACAGCACCCUGGCUGCAUCCAAUCACAAAUUAGAAGCAGACUACCGCACCCUGUCCACGGCCAAUCAGAGGUUAAAGGCUGAACACCAUACCCUGUCUGAAGCCAAUAAGAAGUUACAGACAGACUACUUCACCCUGACUAUGGACAAAGAGAUGUUAGAGAGCGAGACACAAGACCUUCACAGGCAGGAAAAUGUACUUCAGAGACAGAAAGAAGACCUAGAGAAAGAGAUGGGCACAUGCCAAUUGGAAAAAGACGACCUGCAGCACAAAAAGCAGAAGUUAGAAGAUGAGAUCCAGAAAAAAGCAAGGGAGUUUGCAGAUGCCCUCAAUGAACUAUCAGAGAAAUGUGAAAUUGUGGAUCAAUACUGUCCCACUGCAAACCAACCUCUACAGGAGCGACUCUGUCAAUACUGUCCUCAGGGCUGGGAGCUCUUUAACUCCAAGUGUUACUACUUCUCUACUGAUAAACUGAGCUGGACUGACAGUCGAAAAAGCUGUAAGACGCAGGGGGCCAACCUGCUAAUGAUAGACAGCAGAGAGGAACAGGAGUUUUUCACAAACCACCCUAAAAAAGGUUACUACUGGAUUGGACUGAGUGAUUCUGACAAAGAGAACUACUGGACCUGGGUGGACAACACUGUAUUGAUUACAGGAUACUGGAGCUCACCAAAGCUCGACGGCAACAGAGCCAACAACUGUGCGGUCAUAAAUAUAAAUGCCAACAGUCUGAAUAACUGGGUUGAUGUAGGCUGCAUAUCGGCUCAUCGAAGGAUAUGCGAAACUAAGGCCCUGUCAUUUUCCAUGUAAACACUCCCCUCUGUGUUAACAUGGCAGGGGUGAAACUGAACGGCUGACUCAUUGCUGUAGCUCUCGGUCCCGCCUUCGCACAAUACAGGAACCACAACUGAAACCCUGCAAGAUCAUUCUAACACCUUCUCUACGUGUGCUCAGUCUUAACACAGGUGAUUUUGGCUGCUAUAAUCUCUGAUGCUCACCUGAAAGCAAAUCUGUCUUUGAAUCUCUCUGCCUCUUGUCUAAAUGUAACUGAUGAAUAAGCCUUCACUAUUGCCAAUUUUCCCACACUGCCAUUUACAUUUUAAUUAUGAAAAUGCCUUUGGGCAAAAGAUGUUAAGAGUGACUAUGUGGUGUCUCAUUGCCAAGAGCAAAAAUAAAAAAUAUUGUCCCUG